AUGGCCACAACAGAAUUUAAUACAGGUAUUCUGGAGGCGGGCCUGAUUCCACUUUCAAUGCAAGGUGAAUGGUUCACAUGGCAUAAUUGCAAUACAUCCGCGCGGAGUUUGUGGAAGCUGCUGGACCGGAUACUUGUUAAUGAUCGUUGGCUGGCAAGGUUCCCUACAUCAUCCUAUCACAGCCUUACACCACGGACAUCUGAUCACUCGCCACUGGUUCUACAUGGGGAUACGCAACAACAUAAUGGAGGUAUGUUUCGAUUUGAUAACUAUCUAGCCCAAUCUCCUGAGUUCAUCCCUAAUGUGCAGAACAUUUGGCAUCAUGAGGUUGUCGGUAUAUCUAUGUAUGCCGUGACACGUAAACUGAAGGCUCUUAAACCAGUCUUCCGAAUACAGAGGAGGAAUAAGGGGGAUUUGAUGAUGAAUGUCCAAUUAGCCAAAGGUUUUCUCGAUGAGGCACAACUAUUGGUGAGCUGUGACAGACAAAUGAGCACUUCUUACUCCUGGAACAUUGUUGUCGAAUCGUUUAUGCUAAAGCGGCAAAACUCGAACAAAUCAUGUUGCAACAAAGAGCUAAGAUGCAGUGGAUGA